AUGGAGCUGACUUUUUUGGUUGGAUCAAGCGGCGCGAAUAUUAAGAGAAGUCAAGCGCGUCGUGCGUGCAACUAUUGUCGCCACAAAAAGAAACGAUGCUACCAUAAUGAAGCCCACGAGGACUCACCUACUUCGACCCGCUCAAUGGGCAGCUCUGCCAUCUCGGAUGGCCAGAGCCCCCCAUCACAGAGAUCCAAACGUGAUCCAAUCACGCGGAGUCGAUCAGCAUCUCCUCCUCGAGGAAUAAUAAGUGGCGUCCAGCUUCAAAAUACAACAGUUGAAAUAGCAGCUCCCAAUGACUCAGAUGGGAGAUCAAUUACGGAGGCUGAAGAAGAGCCCCGUCGCUUCGCGUGCGAUUCAAAUCCGAUGGCGACGCUGUUGGAAAAUGACGGUUUACGGCUGCAGAAAGGUAAUUGCCAAAAAGGAGAUGUGGGAGCGUGGUUGAGCCCAGACGACUACUCCGUUGAACAGAGCGAAGAACCUUCGCGCUCUCUUUUACCCAAGGCAAGGCCGACAAGCCAGCAUGAUGAUGGCGUACCUUCCGAGCGCUUACCCCCCAAGAGAAGCCAGGAUGCUCUGUUAGACAUUUACUUUCGACGGAUUCACCCAGUGUUACCCAUUCUCGAUGAGACAAUGGUGCGGAAUCAAUACAAAGCAGAUACUCAACCUAUCUGCCUUGUUCAAGCAAUAUGUCUUGUGGCCUCGAAAGAUCCAGCUGCCGCCUCCUUUCUGUGCCUUGGGCACCAUGCUGAACCACUUGGUCUUGAAAGGUUUACCAGCGUUCUCUAUAAUGAUCUUCUGCAAAGCAUUCCCAGGCGCUCUGAGAGAAAGAUUCUCACAAUUCAAGUUCUGGCAUUGCUAUCACUUCAUGAAUGGGGAACGACAGGGUCUGAAGACUGUUCCUUAAAUUUAGCACAGGCUAUUCAUCAUGCACAAACUUUGGGGUUACACCUAAUGAGACCCGAUCAGCAUCCCCUGAAGUCUCCCAAGGCCCUUUUUUGGUGUCUUUGGAGUCUGGACCGAUGGAACGCUGCCAUGCACGGAAGACCGUUGAUGAUACAUGACGGAGACCGAGGCCAAGGGGUGGAUGAUGUUGUUUCAUCGUUUCCGUCUACAUUCCGAGUCUGGCUGAAGAUUGCCGAUAAACUGGGGGAGACAAUUCAUCAUUACCGACCGAUGACGAAAGAUACCGACCAGGGAGACCUUGAGCUUCCGUCAUUUGAUGAGCUUGUUGAACAGUGUGAAGCUUGGGAUAUGGACGCGGAUCAACUUGUGUCUCUUGAUUUUGUUUAUCAUUCUGUUGUAAUUUUGUCGACCCAUUCGAAAGGGCUGCAAGGGCGUCUACAGUCCCAAAUGUCAAACAUCCGACAAGAACAUUCGAUAUUGACCCUUGCAUCCCUCAGUUGCAAUCAGGAUGUCAGCGACUACUUUCCGCUGCCAAUGAUCGGUUACACUGUAUCAAUUGCCUUCUCGGUUACGUACAAACAGCUACGAACCACCAGGUCACCGUCGGUGCGCCAUAUCUCUCUAUCCAAACUUCGGCAUUUUCACCGAUGUCUUCAAAAAAUAAGUACCACGUGGUGGUCGGCGGCUGUGAUGGCUCGUCUUGGAAAGCGUGUGUUGAACAGCUUCCAGCCCACCAUAGAUCAGGAACGUUCCACAGAUCAUGAAAUCGAUAUCACCCGAUCAAACUCUCAGCCUGAAUUGCGCCAUACGUCGCAAAAUUCACUAGAGUUGAGUACCAACACACAGUAUCACUCGAAUUUCGAAGUUGGGGAAGCAUCGGGGGAAACAGAACCCGUGUCUGAGAGUGCACACCAUCUCAACAACACCCAUCUAGGAUCAAUCAACCAUUCCGAUUCCAAUGAUACAACGGCCGGUCCUUUUGGUUCCUCUGAAUUGGAGGACUUUGACUUGUUUUUCGACAAUUUUCCUGACCUCAAUUUCCCCAGCUAUUCAAACGAUCAGUUCCUGUCGAACCUUGACAUCGAGGACUUUGAACUUGUCACAGACAGAUUUUGA